CUACAAAGACACACAACAGAACUAGUGAGUAGUAAUGUCUCGUCUGUACUGUGACGUGACUUUUGUUCUGUGUGUCAUUCUGUGCAGUGAGGAGCCGUUCUGUAGGAUCUGCCAUGAGGGCAGUGUGUCGGGGGAGCUGCUGUCCCCCUGUGAGUGCUCUGGCAGCCUGGCCAUGGUGCACCAGGCCUGCCUGGAGCACUGGCUCACUGCCUCCAACAGCAGUCACUGUGAACUCUGCCACCACCACUUUGCAUUGGAGCGCCUGCCAAAACCUUUCACUGAGUGGCUGUGUUCUCCAUCCAUGCAGCAGCAGAGGAGGACGCUGUGUGGUGACGCAGUGUGUUUCCUGUUCAUCACACCUCUGGCCAGUCUGUCAGGAUGGCUGUGUGUUCAGGGAGCCAUGGACCUCUACUACACCAACGGCAUGGAGGCCCUGGGGCUCCUGGUCCUUACGCUAGCCCUCUUCACCAUAUACGUCUUCUGGACAAUGGUGUCUGUGCGCUACCACAUGCACCUGUUCAAGACGUGGAAGAAGACAGACCAGAGAGUGCGACUGCAGAUUCCCCUGCCUGGCCACACUACACACAACCAACAGAGCCUGUCCAUAAAUGUCCUCUGCAAAGCAACCAACAAAGAAACCAUGGUGUAGACUCCACUCUACAUUACUGAAUGUACCUCACAUAUAAGAGGAGAGAGGAACAAAGCUCAAGACACGUCCUAAUCCUGGCAGCAGCAGAGUUCAUGCCAGGGUUAGAGUGCUUAGAGACCGUUACACCAGCCUCUGAACCUUUUUUCUACCAAACUUGAAAGUGAGUGUGGGGACAAACUGCGUCUAAGGAGCAGAUAUCUGACUUCUGACAUCCUAGUCUGUCUUACAGUGAUGUCAUCUUGUGAAACCAUCUCCAAAUCAGAAGAGUCAUUCUGGCUACAGUGGACAUGUUCAUUAAUUCAGUCCACAGUGACAAUCACUAUCAUCAUUUCCUGGAGAAGACAAUGGUGCUGCUCUAGUGAUGAUCUACUCAUUUUUCCUCCACUUGGAUUCAGCUCAUGAUCACCAACUGAUGACUGUUAGUUCUAACAGUUACAUUGUAAAUUGUGCUCGACUUGUAAAAAUGAACAACAACUGAAGUCAGUAUGUCAUCUGUCAGACUGACUCAUUCUUUAACUCACAAAGUCCAAGCAGAUA